ACUAAAACGAUUCAACAAUAAAAGACAUAAAUAAAUUGCUUUUGACUUUCUCAUGCCAAAUAAUACAGUCUAACUAAAAAUGUAACAAUCUGUACCCAAAAAAGUAAACAAAUUGUCAACAAAAUCGUUCCUCUAAUACAAUGAAUCGACUACCCAAGCCACCCUUCCCCAUUGGAUUCCCAGCUAGACUGGUCAGAGUCCUGCGUCUCGUGCAGGUAAAACACCUAAAUUGCAAGAAAGUUGAUGGUGCAUCAAGCUAUCGCGGUCAAGCCAUAACUGUAGCAAGCUAGUCGGUCCACAAAAACUAAGUGAGUAUAACAUUUGCGAAAUUUGAUUGUAUAUCAAAUGAUAAUAUAUCAUCAAUUAUCCCAAAAGCGCUAGUGUAUUGUAUUGUACAUAUUUAACACUGUUUAUGUUUUCACAUUGCAAUCAUUAAUCGAAAUUGCCUUUAUUCGAACAGUAGCAAUUAAAAGAUUUUCGAUUGUCUUGAAUGAUCUCUGCGGGGACUUGAUGACGUAUUUCUUUAAUCAAAUUAGGAUAAUUGUAAUGUCAAAUGGACUGUAAGUCAAGGCAAGUACUUCUCAAGUUUCUUAGGAAAAUGAGUUUUACAACUUUUAAGCAAUAAAGUUUAAUGAAUCUUUGCUACAUUUGUUGUAAAAUUUACCUAAAAAUAUACAUAAAAAUGUUUAAUUAGUUCUUCUGUAUCUCAGCAGUUGGAGUAAUUAAAUUUUAACAACGAAGAUAAAGUCAAGUAACACUUGAGUAUGAAUAAUAAAGCAAACUAAUGAUUAGUCGACCAGCAUUUUUUAAGGUAAAAAAAUAAAUAUUAUCAUUUUCAGUAAUCAUGAUUAAAAGACUAGUUGAAAAGGUAUUAUCGGUGUUGAUGAAACGCCAUUCAUGUGGUUAACUUGAACCAAGUCAAUUGUCAAGUCUAUCAACAUUACAGUUAAAUUAUGUCUAAAUUAGUGACUUUUAUGGACGACUAUUGUGGCCAUCCAUUUUGGGAUGACAACAUAACCUGGAACACUUACAAGCCCUGUUUAACACCCUGUUUCAUUUCAACUGCUCUAACCUGGCCACCAUGUUUAUUCCUGUGGAUUUUUGGACUGAUCUCAUUGUGUUUACAUUUACGUUUGGAGCCCACAAAGACGCCUUGGACUUGGCUUAUUAUCGUCAAAAUGCUUCUUAUCUUGGUCUUGGUUGCGGUUAAUAUAGCGGAAUUGGCUGAGCAAAUUGUUUCUGCUGCCAAUGGCUUUGAAAUUAAUUCAUUAGAUUACCAAACUCCAUUGAUCAAGGGCUUAUCCUAUAUGUUGGUUUUGACCCUUCAGACCGUCUAUCUUCGUAAAGGCGUUCACACUUCAGGAAUAAUAUUUCUUUUUUGGUUGGUCAUGACAUUUCAAUCACUUAUGAGUUUCUGGACAACAGUAGUUACUCUUCAAAAUCCAUAUGACAAGCUUUGGUCGGUUGAUAGAUUUACUUUGGUUUGCCAAUCAAUUGAAACUCCAGCCACGAUCUGUUAUUUACUUGCAUUAUGCUUCUCCGAUACUACAAAGAAACACUUUGCAGAAGAUUCGAAGAAAAUUUCGCCAUACACAAGAGCUUCAUUUGCCUCACAAAUGGUUUUCUCGUGGUAUGAUUCAAUGGCUUACUUGGGAUACAAAAAGGCUCUAACAUUAGAAGAUGUUUGGCAUUUACCAGAAGAUAAUCGAUCUCGCAAUGUUUUUAUCCGAUUUCGCCAAUAUUUAAAUUCCUCCAAAGAUUGUGUUCCGAUCAAGGAAAACCCCGAAAAAAGGGGUGAAAAGGGUUUAACCAACUAUUCAAUCUUGUACAAUCCCAAGUUUGACAUUCUUAAAACUUUAAUUAGAGGAUUUUGGGUCAAUUUACUUGCUUGUUCAACACUCAAGUUUAUCUCAUCAUUUUUGACCUUUGCCAAUCCAUCUCUGUUGGAUAAAUUAUUGUCCUUUGUUAAGAGCUCUGACCCUCAAUGGCAGGGUUACAUGAUUGCUCUAGCAAUGUUGGCCUUCUCCUUGUUGCAAUCGCUGAUUGAUGGACAGUAUGAGUUUUGGAUCUCCGUUUUGGGUUUACGAAUGAAGUCAGCUAUGGUUGGAACCAUUUAUCAAAAGAGCUUGAAAUUAUCAAGUGAAGGACGGAAAGCAUUUACUACCGGGGAGAUUGUCAAUUUAAUGGGUGUUGAUACCAAUCGAGUGUUCAUGUUCAUCAAUCAGUACAACUUUUUACUCUCAUUUCCUAUUCAACUGGGGAUGUCUUUGAAACUACUCUGGGACCAGAUUGGAGUCUCAUCUGUUGGUGGACUUAUUUUCAUGCUUCUCUUGAUUCCCUUCAAUGGUUGGGUUGCAGUUAAGAUGAAAAACAUUCAGCGAAAUGUGAUGAAACAAAAGGAUAGACGAACCAAAACUAUGAAUGAGAUUCUAAACGGAAUGAAGGUUCUUAAAUUGUAUGCAUGGGAAUUGGCUUUUGGUGAUCUAAUCAAAGAUGCUCGAGCAGCUGAAAUAAAAGCUCUUAAAACACAGGCCAUUUUCGGGGCUUGUACAAGUUUCCUUUUCUUCAGUGCACCUUUCUUUGUUGCUUUAAUAAGUUUUGCCACAUUCGUAUUAUCCGAUCCUGCAAAUGUUUUGGACGCAAACAAGGCUUUUGUGUCUUUGACACUUUUCAAUAUUCUCAGUCAAUCUUUAACAAUGUUACCAAGAGUACUAACGACUGGAGCUAAUUGUUGGGUUUCCAUUAAACGUAUUAAUAAAUACCUUCGAGGAGAAGAAAUUGAUCUUUCUCUUGUUGGUCACGAUCACGAUAAAGACACUCCUAUCUCAAUCAAAUCGGCAUCAUUCACUUGGUCGUCCGACGAAUCUCCUGUUUUAAGAGACAUUGAUUACUCGUUUAAAAAAGGAUCUUUAGUGGCUAUAGUUGGUCCAAUUGGAAGUGGCAAAUCAUCGUUACUUUCAGCCUUACUUGGCGAUCUGUUUAAACUAUCGGGCGAAGUCAAUGUUACCGGUAGUUUGGCUUACAUUCCUCAAACAGCUUGGAUUCAAAAUGAAACUUUGAGAAGAAACAUUACCUUUGGACAGCCUUUCAUUCAAAAUAAAUACGACAAGGUUCUUGAAGCUUGUGCACUGGUUCCAGACUUAAAGAUAUUGCCUGGCGGUGAUAUGACGGUUGGUGAAAGAGGAAUCAAUCUUUCAGGAGGACAAAAACAGCGAGUCAGCCUGGCUCGAAGUGUCUAUGCAGACUCAGACAUUUAUCUGUUUGAUGAUCCUCUAAGUGCUGUUGAUGCUCAUGUUUCCAAGCAUUUAUUCACUCAUGUUAUUGGUCCUAAAGGGAUGUUGAAAGAUAAAACUCGUGUUCUGGUUACUCACAGAAUUACAUUUUUACCUCAAGUUGACCACAUUAUAGUUUUAAAGGACGGAGCUAUUCACGAACACGGCACUUAUAAUGAUUUAAUUGCCAAAAAGGGUGAAUUCGCCGAUUUUGUGGUUCAAUAUUUAACUGAAUGUGAACUGGAACAAGAAGAAAUCGAUGAAGAUCUCGAAAUGUUGGAAAAGAUAAAAGAAGCCGUUAAACCCGAGCUCGAAAGACGCAUAUCAGCAGCCAUGUCAGAAUCAAGUGAAACAGACAAGCCAAGUCGAAGACGAACACUUACUUCAAGUCUAAGUCGAAGAUCAAUAGCAUCAAACGGAUUGAAAAAAGAGGACAAAGACAAAAAGGAAAGAUUCGACAGAAAACAAGGCGAUGAGGCCAAUUCUGGCAAACCUACUGGAGGUGUUCGCGAUAAAUCAAAACUAAUUGAAAAGGAAAAGGCUGCCACCGGAUCUGUAAAAGGUCGCGUCUAUUUAGACUAUUUCAAAGCCAUUGGUUAUGGCAUGUGUUUCCUGGUUGUUGCGUCUUUUGGUACCUCAAACCUAUUGACGAUUGGCCGCAAUUUGUGGUUGACUGCUUGGGCUGAUGACUCGCUAGAUCCCAAUAAUGCAAACAACACUCACCUUCGAAACAUUCGACUUGGUAUUUACGCUGGUAUUGGUGGAGCUGAGACCAUAUUCACAAUGGCCAACAGUUUACUUUUGAACAUUGCUGUUCUCACUGGAUCCAAGUUGAUUCACGAUCGAAUGCUUGACAGAAUCAUUAGAGCUCCAAUGUCCUUCUAUGAUACAACACCUUUGGGUCGGAUAUUGAAUCGUUUUACUGGUGACAUUGAUACUUGUGAUUCAACCAUUGGAUUCAAUAUUCGAAUGUUGAUUUCUCUCGCUUUUCGUGGUACAAUAUCGAUAGUUGUUAUUUGCAUGGAAACACCUUACUUCCUUGUUGUCAUUGUUGCCAUGACUGGAGUUUAUUCACUCAUUCAAAUGUUUUACAUUGCCAGUUCUCGACAACUUCGUCGAAUUGAAUCUUCUUCAAGAUCGCCCAUCUUUUCCCACUUUUCGGAAACAAUUACCGGCUCUUCAACAAUUCGUGCAUACAAUGCUGAGUAUCGGUUUAUCGAGGAAUGUUAUGAUCGUGUCGACAACAACCAAUCUUGCUCUUUUGCCAACUUAGCUGCUGGUCGCUGGCUGUCAACUCGACUUCAAUUCCUUGGUAAUCUAAUUGUAUUUACUUCGGCCAUCUUUGCCGUUUCAUCUCGUAGUCGUCUUAGUCCUGGUUUGACUGGUCUUUUUGUCAGUUAUGCAUCACAAAUCACGGGAAUAUUGAACAUGUUGGUUCGAUCGGUAACCGAUAUUGAGACCAAUAUUGUUGCUGUUGAACGUUGCUUUGAAUAUACAAAAACUCCACUUGAAGCUCCUGCAAUAAUUGAAACAAAUCGACCUAAACCUACAUGGCCUGAUAAAGGUGAAGUCAUCUUCAAAAAUUAUGUUACUCGUUAUCGAGCUGAUCUUGAUCCAGUUUUACAAGACAUUUCUUUGUCCAUCAAACCAAAUGAAAAGAUUGGUAUUGUUGGUCGAACUGGUGCUGGCAAAUCAUCGCUUACCCUUGCCGUUUUCCGAAUAAUUGAAGCUGUUUCUGGACAGGUCAUUAUCGAUGGUAUGGAUAUAUCUAGCAUUGGACUUCACGAUUUGCGUUCUAGACUCACAGUUAUACCUCAAGAUCCAGUCUUGUUUUCUGGUAACUUCAGACGAAACUUUGACCCUUUAAACCAACACACGGAUGCAGAAAUUUAUCAAGCUUUAGAGCAAGCUCAUCUAAAGAAAUUUGUUUCCUCACUGGAUUCUGGACUUGAUUAUGAUAUUGCCGAAGGAGGUGAAAAUCUGAGUGUUGGUCAAAGACAAUUGGUUUGUUUAACUCGAGCUCUUCUUCGUAAAACUAAAAUCUUGGUUCUUGACGAGGCAACAGCAGCAGUUGACGUUGAAACUGAUGAGCUUAUCCAGAAAACCAUUCGAAGUGAAUUUGCUGAUUGUACAAUUAUUACCAUCGCUCAUCGACUGAACACAAUUAUGGAUUAUGAUAGGAUUCUAGUUCUUGAUCAAGGAAAAAUUAAGGAAUUUGAUACUCCAGCUAAUUUAUUGGCUGACAAUCAAUCAGUAUUUUAUUCAAUGGCCAAAGAAUCCAAAUUGAUCCAAUAAAAGUUAAAUCAAUAAAUGAAUAGCAAAAAUUAAUGUAAUCUAAGCUAUUCUAAUUAAAUUAGUCAAAUGUUCUAUUUGCAUCAAUAUAAA